AUGACUCGCCUUCUCCUCUCCGUCCUCCUGGGCAUCCCCCUGGUUGCAGCCAUCCCUGUUGCCCUCCCAACUCCCCCUGGAAUCCCAUCUGCCGCUACCGCAGAGUCCGAGCUGGCUGCUCUGACCGUCGCGGCCGCAGGCUCUAACUCCGGCUACUCGCGUGACCUCUUUCCCCACUGGAUUAGCCAAGGAGGCACCUGCAACACCCGCGAGGUCGUCCUCGCCCGCGACGGCACCGGCAUCGUCAAGGAUUCCAGCUGCUAUCCCACCAGCGGAUCAUGGUACUCGCCCUACGACGGAGCCACCUGGACGCAGGCCAGUGACGUGGAUAUCGAUCACGUUGUUCCCCUCGCCAACGCCUGGAGAUCCGGCGCGUCUGAAUGGACGACCGCGCAGCGCCAGGCAUUUGCGAACGACCUGACCAACCCGCAGCUGAUGGCCGUGACGGAUAACGUCAACCAGGCCAAGGGCGACGAUGGACCUGAGGCGUGGAAGCCUCCUCUUACUUCGUAUUAUUGCACGUAUGCGAAGAUGUGGGUGAGGGUCAAGUAUGUGUAUGAUCUGACCAUUACCUCGGCGGAGAAGAGUGCGCUCGUGAGCAUGUUGGAUACUUGCUAG